AGGAAAUGUUCAUUGAACAUACUUCGAAUCCCAAAACUGUAGAACAAAGGAAAAAAAAUGCUGAGAAUAGGAAAAAUCUAAAAGUUUACCAUACGAGUAGCAUGCAUGGCCACACGAGAAUCGAGGAAGAAAUGGUAAGUAUUGAUAGUUAUAUGUAACUUAAAUUUUUUUAGUGGCUUUGUGUUCUUAAUAACUAACAAUGUGAAAUUCAUCCAAAUAUAGAAACGCCAAAAGAAAGAUGGAGACACCUCGAUUACUAGGACUGAAGUAUGGAUUAAAACCCAUACAAGAAAAGAUGGUUCUAUUCACAGUAAUUCGUCUUCACAUGUGGAAAAAGUCAAAGAGUUACUUUCUGGCGAAGGAAGUAAUUCCUACGACAUCCUCAACGAUCCAUUGACUCAAGUGUUUGGUUCUGAUAGAAGGGGUCGUGUUUGAGGUGUUGGGACCACCAUUUCUCAAUCACAGAUCAGGGGGUCUGCUGCAGCUCUUGAAAAUAUCUCUUUGUAUAAAGGAGAAGUAGAAGAGCAAUCGUCCACAAUUCAAGAGCAAUCGUCCAUAAUUCAAGAGCUAUCAUCUAAAAUGGAUUUUCUUACGCGCGAAAUUGGGGGUAUCAAAGAGAUGAUUCAGCAUCGCAUGGAUUCGGUUCAACCGGAGAAUCUGCAAUCGACUGGUGGACCUUCAGUUAGGAAUCAUCAAUGUGCAGAGAGAAUGUGGCCAUGCAAGUUGUACUCUUGGAGUAAAGAGCUCGUUGCUCAAGGGCGAAUUAUUUUGGCAGAUGGGCCUCAAAUGAUUCAUGGCAAACCUCUUCGGGAAGAUUUUUACAAGGUUGCCAUUGAUAUCAUUAUCAAAGGAGACGUCGAAUUGCCCGAGCUAGACAGAUAUCAUUCGACUUUAGGUUUUGGAGAAAAAAGGAGAGCAAUCUUGGAAGAUCCAGGCAUUCUUAUAGGAAGAGAGGUUGGUAAGUUCAUUCAGCUGAUAUCAACAUUCGUGGGGGGCUUUGUAGUAGCAUUUGUUCAAGGGUUGCUUCUUACCCUUGUUAUGCUAUCGUCUAUUCCUCCUCUUGUGCUCUCUGGUGCUGCCAUGGCUAUCAUGAUAUCAAAGAUGGCGUCCCGUGGACAAACAGCAUAUGCAGAAGCAUGCUUUCGAGGAAGGGGGAGAACUUUAUGGGAAGAAGGUUUACCUCUUCAGCUGCACAGAACCUCAAUUGGUUUUCUUCAAAAAUAGUGAAGGGAAAGUGAUAUGUAUCCCUGUUGUGGUGGCGAUAUUCUCUGGUAUUGCCAAAGCUAUGAAAUGGUGGGAAAAAGGGGCUUCAACCCAAUAUGAAAGAGAUCGAAUCCGCGCAAGCUCUCGUCAAUUCCUUGUUAAAUGCAGGAAACAAACUUGUUGUUAUAGAUUUCUUCUCCCCAGGUUGUGGAUGCUGGAAAGCCCUCCAUCCAAAGAUUUGCCAGAUUGCUGAGCAGAACCCAGAUGUUCAAUUCCUUCAGAUGAAUUUAUUUGAAGACUCGGUUUUAUUAAGAAGAAAUGAGGAAUAGUGAGUACUAUCCCCCAAAUUGCAGUCUACCAAUUCCAAGUUGAAAUAUCACAACUGUGAUUUGAAACCUGACAGGCAAUGUGAAUGCUAUAAGUAAAUCACAACUUGGUUGUUUCCACGAUCAUUAUUAGACAAUGAUUGCAAUUCAAUUAGAUUGUACAUCUAAAUGCGCAUGGUCGUAUUUUCAAAUAACCUGAUCUGAGGACCCUGACAAAUUGUCUUUAAAUUGAUGUCUCACGUAAGUAUCAUCUUUACCAACAUAAUUUUUCAUUGCAAACUUACCAUUUUGG